GUAGCCGGAAGUUGAGCCAGCUAACUGAACUAUCGGGAAAGAGUGCGUGCUGCUAUCGUUGUUUACGGAACUCUGCAUUGUGCUGUUGCAGUUUUACUAUAACAGAAAGGUUGUUCAUUUUUCAACUGUCAAGGACCGAUUGGUGUGUAAUGGGCAUUGGAUUUGUUAGUAGGCCUAGCCUUGAUAUUUCUUUUAAACCGUACUUAGCUAGCUAAACUAACGUUACUGAUAGCAGACAAAUGUGUCUAGCAAGCUAGUGAAGUAAACUAAUUAAGUUUAUCUAAUUAAUAAAUUAAUCACGGUACUACGCCGUUAUAAUUGUAGAUGCAACGUCAACGUUACUUUUUACCUUCACACUCUCACACACCGACUGUCCCGUUAUGACCACUCCAUCUCAAAAACCUCGCACAGCACCAUCCUUACGUUUCGGCCAGGUGGUUAUCGGACCCCCUGGUGCUGGUAAAACAACCUAUUGCCGUGGAAUGCAGGAGUUCUUAACUAGUCUUGGUCGCAAAGUGGUAGUAGUGAACCUGGAUCCAGCCAAUGAGGGCUUGCCAUACCAGUGCGAUGUGGACGUUUCAGAACUGGUAACUCUUGAUGAUGUGAUGGAUGGAUUGAAAUUGGGGCCAAACGGCGGCCUGUUAUAUUGCAUGGAAUACCUAGAGACUAACAUCGACUGGCUUGAGGCAAAGUUGGGGCAGCACCAUGACUGCUAUUUUCUUUUUGACUGCCCUGGCCAAGUAGAGCUAUACACGCACCAGAAUUCAAUGAAGAACGUCUUUUCUCAGUUAUCCAAAUGGAACUUUAGGUUGACAGCCGUACACCUAGUGGAUUCACACUACUGUACAGACCCAGCAAAGUUCAUCUCUGUGCUUUGUACAUCACUGUCAACCAUGCUGCAUGUGGAGCUUCCCCACGUCAAUGUCCUGUCCAAGAUGGACCUGAUAGAGCAGUAUGGCAAGCUAGCUUUCAACCUGGACUUCUACACAGAAGUGAUGGACCUGUCUUACCUGCUGGAUCAUCUAGCAGCAGACCCAUUCUUUAAGAAGUUUCUCCGCCUUAAUGAGAAACUGGCUGAGGUGAUUCAGGACUACGGUCUAGUGUCCUUUGUCCCCCUGAACGUGCAGGACAGGGAGAGUAUGGUACAGGUUCUAAGGACAGUGGACAAAGCCAAUGGCUACUGCUUCGGGGACCUGGAGGAGAGGAACCUUCAGGCUAUGAUGUCUACGGCAGUCGGAGCGGAUUUCCAGUUUGAUGCAGCUGUAGGGGUACAGGACCGCUAUGUGGACUCAAACAAGAAGACCGUGGAAGAGGAGGUCAUGGAUCUCUGAGGUCAUGGAUCGCUGAGGUCAUGCUAGCAGGUGGACUGACUGGCAUAGUGCCUCAGUGUCUCUGCCCAUGAAAGGAUGUGGUGGCCUAUCUGAAUCGGUUCGCAUCGAUCAAAGACAAGUAGCAUAGCCUCCCUAUACACUGCUAGUUUGGAAGGUGGACAAAACAAUCUCCAGAGGAACUGAAUGAUGACUAUUACAGCAUAUCACAGCUUACAUGUGUGCUGAAAUAGCAUAAAAAUAUAGGAUUGAACGGCGGCAAGUUUUGUUAAAUAAAGUCUUGAUUGCCAAGACAAAAUAUUUGUAGACGCUCACUGCUUCUAAGGUUUGUUGAUGCAUUGUUUAUGUGUACAUCAGUGUACAGCAAAUAUCGUUUAAACACUCAUUUGAUAGAUGUGAUCAUGAAUAUUCAAUUAAAAUAAUGUAUUUUUUUAACAAUAA